AUGAGAGGAUGGAGUUUGGACGACGCUGCGCCCGCCAGUGGAGUUCGACCCAGCCGGGAGCGGGGGGAGAGCCUGAAGGUGCUGUCAGGCGCGAGCCAAGAGGCGCGGACACACAAGAGAUAUUCGGGGAUCUUCGGGCUUCUCAGCUUGGCUGUCGCGGUGUUUGCCGUCGCCUGGGUGUCCUUUACGCGUAUCCGCGAGGUCGAGAAGGCACCGAAGGAGCUUGAAGAAGGAAAAAUCGGUGAAGGGACUCCCGAGCUGCUGGACGAGGAGCCAGUCGAGCCGGUGAAGCCGUCAAAGUGGCUGCCGCGGGUGAUGUGCGCAGUCCUCACUGUAGCAGUCGUGUCGGCCAUCACCGGCGCCUUGCCCCCGUACUCGCCUCCGAGGCGUUAUCCCCAGCCUGCCGCGGGCCUCCAGCCAGCCCCCUUUGCCCGGGAGGUCCGCGAUCGACGGCGGGCGACCCCCCGCCCUCCCAACUAUCACCCCGUCCCGUUGUCCGCCGCCGCCCCUUCCCAAUCCCCCCGUUCGCGCCCAAACCGUUUCCCCCCCCCCCCCCCCUUCGGCCCCAGCUCCGCCCUCCUCAGGCCCAGCACGCCGGUCCCCCGGCCGCAGCCUGCUCCACAGGAGGAAGAGGCGGGCGCGAGCGUCGAGCUGAAGCCGGCUGGCGAGGUGACAACGACGACGGAGGAGGGCGCGGCGCAGGGCGGGCGAGCUGGCGUGGUGGCGAAGUUCAUCGUGGACGUGAUCUACAGCUAUCUGUGGCUUCGCGAGGACUUUGCCGCGGGCGAGCACAUGUUCGAGGCGCAUACCGGUGGGGGAGGGCGGACUCAGCGAUCCCCGUGGGAGGCCGAAGAGUCGGUCGACCAGCAAGGAGGCGGCGGAGACCUCGGCAGCAGCUCUCGCAGAUGGCAACGUCUUCGCGCGAUUCGCAGACUGGCGGAGCCUCCUCGCUCGCGUUUGUAUGGGUGCAUGGGGGAGGCGGCGCCCGAGGUCGCACGCGACGGCAGACUCAGGGCUCGGGAGAGUCGCGUCUCCUUCUGGUCGCGCCUCCUUCUGGUCGCCAAGCGCGUCUGCGUGUCUGGUCGCGGCGCGAGGGGGGACUCUGCGCCUGGCAGGCAGCCAGACGCGUUCCUACGAGGACACGUGCAGACGAGAGCCUACUACAGGGGCUUCAUGACCGCUGGACUCCCGCAGCGAAUCAACGGCACACUUCUGUAUCCCUCCUGGUCGGGCGGCUGCUCGUUUCCGUGGAAGUACAACUUUAAUUGUUUCCCGUGA